UGUGCGGGCGGGCUACGCCGCCGGUACCGCGCAUGCGUGGGGGUGCAAGUCAGCGUGGGCACGUAAUGGCGGCGGCUGGUGCAGGCGGGUGGAGCUGGUUCCGCGCCCUGGCGCUCAGUGUCUCCUUCCUCAAGUGCCUCCUCAUCCCCACGUAUCAUUCCACAGAUUUUGAAGUGCACAGGAACUGGCUGGCCAUCACGCACAACUUACCUCUGUCUCAGUGGUACUAUGAAGCAACUUCAGAAUGGACCCUGGAUUAUCCACCUUUUUUUGCUUGGUUUGAAUAUGCAUUAUCACAUAUUGCCAAGUACUUUGACCCCAAGAUGUUGGUUAUUGAAAAUCUAAAUUACACCAGUCCUGCAACCAUCUUCUUCCAAAGAUUUUCUGUCAUCUUUACAGAUGUUCUCUUCAUAUACGCAGUUCGUGAAUGCUGCCGAUGUGUGAAUGGGAAGCGAGCUGCAAAGGAUAUUCUGGAGAAACCAACUUUUAUUCUUGCUGUCCUGCUCCUGUGGAACUUUGGGCUGUUAAUUGUGGAUCAUAUUCACUUUCAGUACAAUGGCUUUCUUUUUGGCCUGAUGCUUCUCUCUGUUGCCCGACUGUGUCAGAAAAGACACCUGGAAGGUGCUCUUCUUUUUGCUGUUCUUCUGCAUUUCAAACACAUCUACGUGUAUGUGGCCCCGGCAUAUGGCAUUUAUUUGCUGCGAUCCUAUUGUUUUACUGCAAGUAACGCAGAUGGAUCUGUGAAGUGGAGGAGUUUCAGCUUUCUUCGUAUAACCCUUCUGGGAUUGAUUGUCUGUCUUGUUUCUGCCCUUUCAUUGGGCCCCUUCAUUGUAUUGGGCCAGCUGCCUCAAGUGAUUUCACGCCUCUUUCCGUUCAAGCGAGGCCUCUGCCAUGCUUACUGGGCCCCUAACUUCUGGGCUUUGUACAGUGCCGUGGAUAAAGCUCUCACAGUUGUUGGCUUGAAGUAUAAUUUUCUUGAUCCCACAAAAAUUCCUAAAGCCUCAAUGACAGGAGGGCUAGUUCAAGAAUUUCAGCAUACUGUCCUUCCUUCUGUGACUCCACUGGCAACAUUAAUCUGUACUUCCAUAUCGAUAUUGCCCUCUGUUUUCUGUCUUUGGUUUAAACCUCAAGGGCCCAGAGGCUUUCUUCAGUGCCUUGUUCUUUGUGCGUUGAGCUCCUUCAUGUUUGGCUGGCACGUGCAUGAGAAAGCAAUACUCCUUGCUAUUCUGCCUUUAAGCUUGCUGUCUGUUCAGAGGGCGAAGGAUGCUGGCAUCUACUUGAUCCUGACAACCACAGGGCACUUCUCACUUUUUCCACUGCUGUUCACAGCACCAGAGCUUCCAAUUAAAAUACUGCUUAUGCUGCUGUUCAGCGUUUAUAGCUUCUCUUCGCUGAAAUCUCUAUACAGGAGGGAGAGGCCUCUCCUUAACUGGCUUGAAACAAUCUACCUCAUUCAGCUGGUGCCUUUGGAAAUCUUCUGUGAGAUUGUGUUUCCUCUGACCCCCUGGAGGCUGCGGUUUCCUUUUGUCCCUCUGUUGUUGACCUCUGUUUACUGUGCUCUGGGUAUCGUGUACGUGUGGCUGAAACUUUACGUCUCUGUCUUGUCUGAACGAACUUCUGUUAGACAGAAGGCUGAGUAAUGUCACGGUGGUGGGACCCGUUCCGGGUUAUCCCCUUGAGAUUAUCAAGCUCUCUGAGGGGUUCUCACAAGUAAGUGCACUGUCUUACUGAUGGCUGAAUGUGUACUGUCUCCAUGUUUCUUCCAACGUUUCUGUACUGUCCAACUGCAAUACCUCUGAUCAGAAACACUCAUCACAGUGACGGGGCACAGCAAGAUGCUGCUUUGCCUGAAUAAACUGUGCACUGUAAGGGAAAGAACUUUGUAUUCGUAUUGACUGUAUAAGAGGUCCAGACUUCUGUCCUGAGGAAAACCUGCCUGGCUUUCCCAUUGCUCCUUGUACUUUGCCAUUCUAUUUUAAUAAAAACACAAAGGGUCAUUGCUGUGUAGAGGAGAGCGUUGUCACUGCGUGUUGUGGAAUAUGUAAAUAAAAUAAUUUGCUAUUUUUGUUCCGA